ACCCACGGAGAAAACAUACAAAUCAUUGCUAACACGUAUUUGUAUCCUUGAAUAGAGUUGACUUGCCAGUCCUCAACGGGGCAUUAGCACAAGGGAAAAUGCCCCAUACAGCCACAGUCUUCCUGGAGUUUUGGAAAAGAAGAAGAAGUACACUGACCUAUACUUGGGACCUUAUUGAAUGGGAAGAAGAAGAGGAAACACUUCGUCCCCAGUUUGAAGCAAAAUAUUACAAGAUGGAGAGAGUGAAUCCCAUUAGUGGAAAACCUGAGCCACAUCAGCCUUCUUCAGACAAAGUCAGUCGUCUUCUUGUUUCUAUAUCAGGAAUAUUCUUCAUGAUUUCUUUGGUGAUCACUGCAGUGUUUGCAGUGGUGGUGUAUCGCCUGGUUGUCAUGGAACAGUUUGCAUCCUUCAAAUGGAAUUUCAUCAAACAACACUGGCAGUUUGCAACAUCUGCUGCUGCUGUCUGUAUCAAUUUUGUAAUCAUCAUGGUCCUGAAUCUU